AUGGCCCGCGGCACCUUCAAGCAGAGACGUGGUGGAGGCAGGAGCUUCAGCAAGAACCUCGUCCUCGACGAGAACGGUACUGCCGUAGCGAGUGACAAAUGGGCAGCACGCGGACGCGUUGAAGAAGAUGACGAGGACGACGAUGACGACGAUGAGGAUGAGGAGGAAGACGAAGAUGAAGACGAAGAGAGCGAUGCCGAUGCUCCCGCUCAGCCCGGUCAGUCAGAGCUCACCCGCACGGAACGCCGCGAAAUGAAGAAGAAGAAGGCCCAGGCUGCACAAGCAAAGAAGGCGGGCACAGGCGACGGCGACGAGGAGGAGGAGGACCUCAGUGCCACGCGAGAGCCGACCCGCCGCGAGAGAGAGGAGAAGGAGAAGAAGGAGGCGAAGGAGAAGUACUGGAAGCUGCACGCCCAGGGCAAGACCGAUCAGGCCAAAGCCGACCUCGCGCGUCUCGCCAAGAUCCGUGCUGACCGUGAAGCCGCCCAAGCAAAGCGCAAAGCGGAAACCGAAGCGAAAGCCGCUGAGGCUGGAGCCAAGCGCAAGGAGCAGGAAGGUAGAGGUAAACGCUCUUGA